UAUAAAGCUCCAGUGCUUGUGAUGUGUGUUGUUUAUGUUUUGUUGUUAGAUUGUGGUAAAGGUUGAGACCUACCAGACAGACGCUCAGGAGACUGCUUCUGACAGCAAUCACAGCUUGAAUCAGGAUGAAUCUACUGAUCAAACCUCCACAGAGUCUCUGGAUUCUGUCUGUGUCUCUGGAGAACAGCAGAUCCUGUACACCAAACCACUGAAGAUGUGUUCUGUCAAACUGAUGGACUGCAGGAAACUGAUGGAGAUUAAAACAGAACCCAUAGUAAAGCAAGAACAAACUGACGAAGAUAAAGAUUUGUUUUCUUCAGUGAAACUGUUAAACAGCAUGAACAUGAUGGAGAUAAAAACAGAACCCAUAGUAAACCAAGAACAAACUGACGAAGAUAAUGAUUUGUUUUCUUCAGUGAAACUGUUAAACAGCAUGAACAUGAUGGAGAUAAAAACAGAAUCAACAGCAGAGGAACUUUACACGGAUGAAGAUGAGUAUAACGAUGAUGAUGAUGAUUUUAUUCUUUCAGAUGAGAGCAGUGGUUUGUGUUGUGAUGGAGAAACAGCCUCUACAUCAAAUCAGCGACUGACAGCACAAACUCUUUCCUGCAUCACCCGUGGAAAGACAUUCAGUUCACAGAGACAUUUAGAGACACAUGAGAGAAAACACACAGAACAGAAACUCUUCACCUGCACCAGAUGUAACAUCAGCUUUCCUACCAUACAAGAGAAGAAACUUCAUUCACAAGAGCACAGAGAGAAGACACAGUUUCACUGUGAGCAGUGCGGGAAGAAUUUUGUCUCCUCUUCAAGUCUGAAGAUCCACAUGAGGACACACAGUGAAGAAAAGCGUUUCAACUGCAGUGAAUGUGACAAAUAUUUCAGAACCAAACGAAAUCUUGCUACUCAUAAGAGAAUUCACAAGAAAAUGGAAAAACCACACAAGUGUCCUCACUGUGAGUGGAGAUUCAGGUACACGUUCCUUCUGACGAAACAUGUGCAAUUACACACAGAUGAGAGACCGUAUCAGUGCAGUGAAUGUGGAAAAACCUUUAAGCAGUCAUAUGAUCUAAAGUCACACCAAAGAACACACACUGGUGAGAAACUCUAUCAAUGUUCACGCUGUGAUAAACGAUUCCUUAAAAAAUCAAAUCAGAUGAUCCAUGAGAGAAUUCACACUGGAGAGAAACCUUAUAUCUGCUCUCACUGUGGAAAGAGCUUUUCUAAUCCAUCUAAUUUCAGAGAUCACCAGAGAAUUCACACUGGAGAGAAACCUUAUUACUGCACCGCUUGUGGAAAGAGUUUCGGUCGAUAUGACACUCUAGAAAAACAUAAGAGAAUUCAUACAGGAGAGAAACCUUAUAAAUGUUGUCAGUGUGACAAGACGUUUGCUCGAUCAGAUGGCCUGAAAACCCAUCAGAGAGUUCAUACUGGAGAGAAUCAGAAGGAACAUGCUGAAGAACAAACUGUACUAGAAUCAUCAUAGUCUUUUACUUUUUUUAUAAACGGUGUCUGCCUGUUAAUUAAUAAUUGUUUUUGUGUGAGAUUUUCUGCAAUCUAUGUAGCUAUCAGUUUGAACUGGUCAGGUAGGGUCUUUCACUGCAAGUCAUGUCAAUUGUUUUUGUCGUGUAUGAACAGAACUAAAAAUGAUGUUUUUCAACUGUCAUCACUCAUCAGUUUAAUUAGCAACUUCUUUACAUGGCAAUUUAGAGUUCUGGAUUCACAUUUAAAACUAACUUUGUAACCAUUAUAAUAAACGGUUCAUUUUUUGUUACUAA